AUGAGUCUCAUCUAUCCAGCUGGCGGCGCAGUCGCCGCGCUGAGCGUUGUUGGACUUUACAUGCUCUUCAAUGGCGAGGGCGAACAAUUUAACGUUGGCCGGUUCCUUGAGACAGUGUCUCCAUACGCAUGGGCGGACAUGGGCAUCGGUUUAUGCAUAGGAUUGUCUGUUGUGGGAGCAGCCUGGGGAAUCUUUAUCACGGGCACGUCCAUCCUCGGUGGCGGUGUGAAAGCCCCUCGGAUACGAACGAAGAACCUGAUCUCCAUCAUCUUCUGCGAAGUUGUCGCCAUCUACGGGGUUAUUAUGUCGAUUGUCUUCUCAUCGAAGCUUACGAUGGUGCCGGAAGAGUCGUUGUAUACGGGAUCAAACUACUACACCGGUUACGCACUCUUCUGGGCCGGUCUUACCGUGGGCAUGUGCAACCUCAUCUGUGGUGUCAGUGUUGGAAUCAACGGAAGCAGUGCCGCCCUGGCCGAUGCAGCCGAUGCAAGCCUUUUCGUCAAAGUCCUGGUCAUUGAGAUCUUCUCAAGUGUGUUGGGUUUGUUCGGAUUGAUCAUCGGACUGUUGGUCAGCGGUAAGGCCACCGAAUUCUCUUGA